CAGUCAACAUUUUUGUUGUUGUUUGUUUGGUUGAAACUUGAAAUUUAAGAAAUAUAAGAAAAUGCCACCGAAAAAGGACGCAAAGGGCGGCAAGGAUGCCGCUAAGGGUGGCAAAAAGCCCGCCGCCGAGGACAAGUCUGCCGGCAAAGAGAAAAAGGGAGGCAACGCCGUGAAGGUGCGCCAUAUCCUGUGUGAAAAGCAGGGCAAAAUCUCCGAGGCUAUGGAAAAGCUGAAAGCUGGGCAGAAGUUCCCAGAGGUGGCGGCUGCCUACAGCGAGGACAAGGCACGACAGGGCGGCGAUCUUGGUUGGCAAAUCCGCGGAGCGAUGGUGGGUCCUUUCCAAGACGCCGCAUUCGCCCUGCCCAUUUCCACCGUCAACAAUCCCGUGUAUACAGAUCCCCCUAUUAAGACCAAGUUUGGCUACCACAUCAUCAUGGUUGAGGGAAAAAAAUAAGUUGAAUUUAUAAAUCGAUUUUUAAUGUG